AUGACGGAAAUAGGAAAUAUAAAGAAGUUGAGAUCAGUUGCAAAAAGGCAAAUUUCCAAAGCAUUUAAACUAAUUGUAGAAAAUAAAUCAACUGAUGCAGAGAUAGAGGUGAGGUUAGACAGUUUAAGAUCGUAUUGGAAACAAUUUGAAGAUGCACAAACCAAAAUUGAACUAGCCACUGAAGACGAAGAACAAGAUGAUCUAGCCUCGUACAGAAACAUAGUUGCCCCUGAUGACCCUUACAAGAUGAACUAUGAAAAUGUUGUUACUGUUUUAAAAGACCAUUUGGAACCAUUACCAAGUGUAUUAACAUUACAACAUCGCUUUGUGUGUAGAGUACAACAACCGAAUGAGUCAAUCAUUGAAUUCGCUAUGGAAUUGAAGAAACUGUCCAAAGAUUGUCAGUUUAACUGUGAUUGUGGAAAGUCAGUAACUGAUAUGUUAUUACGCAUGCAAUUGGUAAGAGGACUUCACGACCAUGAUAUUAAAGGACAACUUUUACAGAAGAAAAUUGUAACUACUUUUAAGGAAGCACUUGAACUUGCAACAUCACUGGAAGCUUCGAGAACUGAAAGCAGCAUGAUGACUGCUCAAACAGCACCACCAGCAGUUCCAGUGCUCAAGGUUGUAGAGAAUCAGACAAGAAAAUGGGACAGAUGCUCUGGGAAUAAGAACGCUGUACAGGCAACAAACAAAGACCAAUAUUCUCCUUCCCGUUCAAAGUUUUCAGGUCUACAAGGACGGUGUUAUCGGUGUGGAGAUAAAGACCAUAGAGCAAAUACAUGUAAGUUUAUAAAUGAAUUUUGCAAUUUAUGUAACAAAGUAGGGCAUAUUGCAAAGGUAUGUAAGGGAGGACCAAGAAAACAACGAAUUGACCAACUAAAGGACAGAGAGGCUGAAAAACAGGUAGAUCAUACUACCUACGAUUCUUAUAAACUUCAAGUAAAUAACAGUGAUAAGUUCAUUAUGAAAAUAGAAAUUGAAGGAAACCCAUUAUCUAUGGAACUUGAUACAGGAGCAGCGCUAUCUUCAAUCUCAGUUGAGGACUAUAAGAGAUUAGAUAUCAAUAAGAGAAUGUUCAAAUCACAUGUACAGCUUCGCACAUAUACAGGUGAAAUCAUACAAACUAAGGGCGUAGUAUAUGUUAGGUUUCAGUACAAAGAAAAGAUUUACUUCGGAAAACUAUUUAUUAUCGACCAAGAUGUUGAACCAAUAUUUGGUAGAGACUGGAUAAGAGAAGUCAAUUUAGAAAUUGGUGAUAUUAGAAUGUUGAAUCAAAACUCAUCUGAGUUGGCACAAGUUCUUGACAGUUAUUCAGAUAUAUUCAGUAAGGAAAUUGGUUGCAUUCCAAAUGAAAAAGGACACCUGAAUCUAAAAGAAGGCUGUGGUCCAAUAUUUGUGAAGCCGAGGCAAGUGCCCUAUGCUAUUAAACAAAAGGUGGAAGAAGAACUCGAUCGACUGGAAAAAGCUGGUAUUAUUACAAAGAUUGAAAACUCAGAAUGGGGUACGCCAAUUGUGCCAGUAGUAAAACCUAAUGGUUCGGUACGAAUAUGUGCAGAUUACAAGACUACGUUGAAUAAAGUUAUCCGUGAUGAGAAGUAUACAAUACAAAGAAUUGAGGACAUCUUUGCAGAGAUGAAUGAAGGUAAAUUUUUCUGCACACUCGAUGUUAGUAAUGCUUACUUACACAUGCCAAUGGACUCUGAAAGUGCUCUGCUACAAACAAUAAGCACUCAGAAAGGUUUGUAUAAAGUAAACAGGUUGAUGUUUGGAGUGAAAGUAGCACCAGCACUGUGGCAAAGAUUCAUGGAUAAGGUACUGCAAGGGACUGAUGGAGUUAAGUGCUUUUUCGAUGAUAUAAUCAUUCAAGUUGAACAAACUCAAGAUGAUGAAGACUUGUAUUCCAAGUUCCAAAUGAAUCAAAUAGCAAUUCUUCCUCUCACACAAUGUACACUUGCAGAGCAUACAAAGAAAGACCCUGUACUAGCUACAAUAGUUACAUCACUAGAAAAUGGAGAAAAUCUGGAAAAGAGAUCAUUGGCUGCCAUGAGUGAAGACAAGGGAGACUUGCAGCAUAAAAUAGAUCUUCUCGUAACUCAGUUACGCAAAGCUCCAAACUCUACAGGACUCUCCGCUUAUGUGUUAAUGUUUGGCAGAGACAUAAGAACGAAACUUAACGUGAUGGCAGAUAAAGUUGAAUAG